UUUCUAUUCCCUCAUAUAAGAAGAGCGUCAAGAUACACACGGUCAUGUUGCAAGUUACAGACACAACUGAGAAAUGCUGUACAUUUAGAGACCCAAUAUCAUUUUAUUCAGUCGCGGCGUGGUCGGUGAGCCGCAUAGAACUUCGGGAAAGUAAGGCGCAAACGCAAGUGUAAAAUGCUUCUGGAAGAUAUUAUUUAUUUGGGAAUUUUAUUACUUUCUAUCUGGUUUGGGCAAUAUUAUCGAAAAAUCAAAGAUCCCUUCACAAAACAAUGGGCCAGCACAUUAUAUGGAUUGUUGGUGGUAACAACUGUUUCUGGAAGUCAUGUGGUUCACCCGAUCAUCUGCACCCUUGUUAAUGCCAUCAUCGUUACACAGCUGUCUUGGAAGAUAUGUCACACUGUUAGUAUUUUCUUCACGUUCUUCUAUCUAUUGGUUAUCGUGCGAUUAUGUCACUUAAUUGGAUUCGAACCCGUGUCGGGUCAUACGAGCUUGGUUAUGAUGAUGAUGACACUAAGGCAUUCGGGAGUAGCGUUUGAAAUUAAUGCUGCAGCAACAGCUCCAGAGGAUGACCCACGAGGACUCAAAUCAGAAGCAUUAAAGCGCGUUACUUUCCUCGACAUCUUCCAUUAUGGCUUUAGUUACAUGGGAGUCUUAACUGGACCUCAUUAUCGUUAUCGAACGUAUUGGGAUUCUUUGCACAGGCCAAUAUCAGAAUAUUCUGACCCUUUGGGAAUAACUUUGUACAAACUAAAACAAGUUGCUGUGUUUGCAGUUAUAUUUCUAGUGACGAGCAAUGCAUUUCCCGCACAGUAUGCCUUAACGGAGGACUUUAAUACCAGAAAUUUCCUCUACCGAUUCGUCUAUAUUUAUCCAACAUUUGUCACAUUUCGGAUGAGAAUGUUCAUUGGAAUGAUAUUAUCCGAAUGUGUUUGCCAAAUGGCUGGCUUGGGAUGUUAUCCGACGAAAAGUGAAACAGUCUCCGGUCUGGGACCAAAAAAUUAUAAACUCAUCGAAACUCUGUCCAGUGAUUUAGAUCAGCUAAAAAAAGAAGACAUCGAUUUUGAAACCGUUCACAAUAUGAAUGUGGAAAAAGUGGAAACAUGUAAUAAUGUGAGAACAGCAAUGAAAGUUUGGAACACAACAGUUCAAUAUUGGAUGGCUAAUUGUGUAUAUAAACCAUUUCCAAUAAAAGGACUAAGAACGGCAGCUGUAUUUUUAUUAUCGUCAGCAUGGCAUGGCUAUGCACCGGGAUAUUUUCUGUGCAUUAGCCAAAUUACUUUCUUUCUGCCCAUGGAGGAUAUUUACAUGAAAAUUUACAAACAAUGUCCUGACAAUAGUCCCGUAAAAAUGUUCCUGGGUGCUCUCCUAUGGGUUUUGAAAAUGUCAUGCAUGGCUUACUUAGGACUAUCGUUUCAAUUGCUCCAAUUUGAUGAGACGUUGGCAUAUUAUAAGAGUGUCUAUUUCGCCGGUCACGUUAUAGUGGCCGUUCUUUAUUUAACGGGACGAAUAAUUGCACCAAAAAUAUUAGUUAAGGAUGAAAAGAAAGGCCUUUAGAAAAAUCGAGUCAAUUGAAAAGAAAAAAAAAAUUCGUUACUAAUAAUAGAAAUUUACGCAUUUUGUGAUAAUACAUGAACACACAAACACGCAAGCUUGCUUGUAAACUAGAAAUUUGCUUCAAAUUACAAAAUAAGAAUAAUUAUUACUAGCUCAUUACAAAUAGACUAGAAAUGUUUUGUAAAUUUUAUUAUAUAGAAAGAAAAACAUAGUUUAGUAUUCUUCGGAGUAUCGACUCUAGUUUUUAAACUGUUAAUAACUAGAAUCUCUAUUUUUUAUUUACUACUAGUAUAACAUUGCUAAGUACUUAAAAUUAUAACAAGCCUUACUCAAUACUUUAAAUAUUAUAUCAAUAGAGGGUCGAUAACCGUGAUAUUUACAUUAACAAAAAAAAACAAGUCCAGUUUGAAAGAGAUCUCAAAAUAUAUAAAUGCUUACGAAAAAAAGUCACCAACAAAAUCUAAUUAGCUGACUCUUUUUCGUUAGUUCUACGCACAAGGGGCAAAGUGCCAUUUAAAUCAAUUUAUAUAUAAAUAAUAUCUCAGAGUAAAAAUAUGUGAUAUUUACCACUGUUGCUCUUUGAGUAUCUACUUCGAUUAAGAUAGUAAUGUAAAAGUGUGCCUCUAGAAAUUUAGAGUAAUUUAAACACAUAAGUCACAUUCGCAGAUUUUUAAAUUAAAUAAUGGUAAUAAGUUAACAUAAAAGAGACUUUUACCAAAAUAACAAAAAAAAACUCGCAUAAAUUUUAAUAAAUUUAUAAAAAUGGUGAGAUUAAUAAAAAACAACCAGUUCAUUA